AUGUGGUAGAAAGCCUUAGGCCGCACAACCUGGAGUACGCGUUGUCCCCUUCCCUCCCCCGGGGGCAACUUCAGAGUCGAAUGGGAAAGUCGUCCUAAAGACGCUGUGUGUGGAUAUAGCCUUGUGUGUCAGUGAGCUGGAGGUGGUAGAGGAGCCCAGGCAGCUCUGGUAAAGUUUUGGUAGUAGGGGUGUGGGACAAGAGCGUCUUCCUCUGUGUGAACAUGUCUCUUUCAAGGCGGGAGCUUGAUGACCUAAAACCAUGGAUAGAGAAAACUGUAAAAGGGGUGCUGGGCUUCUCCGAGCCCACCGUAGUCACCGCUGCCCUGAACUGUGUCGGCAAGGGCAUGGAUAAGAAGAAGGCUGCGGACCAUCUGAAGCCAUUUCUAGAUGAUUCUACGCUGCGUUUUGUUGACAAGCUUUAUGAUGCUGUCCGGGAAAGUCGGGGUUCCCGUCACUCCAGAUCCAGCAGUGACAAAAGUAGGAAGCGAGAAAUUAAGGAAGUAUUUGGGGAUGAUCCUGAUCUUGCAAAGGAUUCAUUGAAUUCAAAGAAAAAGAGGGUCCCACGCUUUGAAGAGGUCGAGGAGCCAGAAGUGAUCCCUGGUCCACCUUCUGAGAGCCCAGGCAUGUUGACCAAGCUGCAGAUCAAGCAAAUGAUGGAAGCCGCCACCCGUCAGAUAGAGGAGAGGAAGAAGCAGCUGAGCUUUGUCAGUCCUCCUGCGAUGCCUAAAGUUUCCUCUACACAAGCUGACCGUUCCAACAUUGGGAACACAAUCCAGCCUUCCCAAGCUGCCACUUUUAUGAAUGAUGCUAUUGAAAAGGCCAGGAAAGCAGCCGAACUUCAAGCAAGGAUUCAAGCACAGCUUGCUCUGAAGCCUGGUCUCAUUGGAGCUCCAAACAUGGUUGGCUUGGCCAACCUUCAUGCCAUGGGAAUUGCACCUCCGAAAGUAGAGCUGAAGGACCAGACAAAACCCACUCCUCUUAUUUUGGAUGACCAGGGUCGUACUGUAGAUGCUACAGGAAAAGAGAUUGAGCUUACCCAUCGCAUGCCAACACUGAAAGCCAAUAUUCGAGCUGUGAAAAGGGAGCAGUUCAAGCAACAGCUUAAGGAAAAGCCCUCCGACGACUUGGAGUCUAACACGUUCUUUGACCCUCGAGUCUCCAUUACGCCUUCACAACGUCCAAAACGUUCCUUCAAGUUUCACGAUAAAGGGAAAUUUGAGAAAAUUGCCCAGAGAUUAAGGACAAAGGCCCAGCUAGAGAAACUACAAGCUGAAAUAUCUCAAGCAGCAAAGAAAACGGGUAUCCAGGCUACCACCCGCCUGGCACUUAUCGCCCCCAAAAAAGAGAUCAAAGAAGGAGAAAUACCAGAUAUUGAGUGGUGGGACUCAUUUAUUCUCCCCAAUGGAAUUGAUCUGAGACCAGAAGCCUUAGCAGUGCGGAAAGAAUUCCACGGAAUCACCAAUCUUGUAGAGCAUCCAGCUCAGCUUAGUCCUCCAGUUGACAAGGAUGCACCAGUGACACUUGGGAUCUAUCUCACUAAAAAAGAACAGAAAAAACUUCGUCGCCAGACGAGAAGGGAAGCACAGAAGGAAUUGCAGGAGAAAGUACGAUUAGGUCUUAUGCCUCCACCUGAACCUAAAGUACGAAUAUCCAAUUUAAUGCGUGUUUUGGGCACGGAGGCAAUACAGGACCCUACAAAAGUAGAGGCCCAUGUCCGGGCACAAAUGGCUAAACGCCAAAAGGCUCAUGAAGAAGCUAAUGCAGCCAGAAAACUAACAGCAGAGCAGAGGAAGGAGAAGAAAGUAAAAAAGUUAAAGGAAGAUAUUACACAAGGGGUUCACAUAGCUGUAUAUAGUAUUCGCAAUUUAACUAAUCUAUCAAAAAAAUUCAAGAUUGAAGCCAAUGCCAACCAGUUGUACCUGACGGGAGUCGUUGUAUUACACCGAGAUGUUAAUGUGGUCGUAGUGGAAGGAGGACCCAAAGCGCAGAAGAAAUUUAAACGUCUUAUGCUGAGCAGAAUAAAAUGGGACGAACAGACGUCAAAUCCCAAGGCAGAUGAUGGUGAUGAGUCAGAUGAGGAAACUGUAAAAAAAUCAAACAAGUGCUCUUUAGUGUGGGAGGGAACGGCCAAAGAACGCAGUUUCGGGGAUAUAAAAUUCAAACAAUGCCCCACAGAAAACAUGGCCCGGGAACAUUUUAAGAAGCACGGGGCCGAGCACUACUGGGACCUGGCACUGAGUCAGUCAGUUUUGGAAACAGCUGACUGAGCUCCAUUUUGAGUUCUAGACAGAUUUACCAAGGUUGUACUUCCUCCCCAAAAAAACACAAGCAGGGACUUUGGACUGCGGACAAUAUCUGAUCAUCUCCUACCCCCUCCCUGAGGUGCGGUCAUCCCCACCCCAGUCACCGGACCUUCACUCAAGCAGAUAACAACUUUGACUUCUGGAUUACUAAAAAUUGAAUUUUCCUCUGAAUACUGCUGUGGACCCAUCACCCUAAGACAUUCUAAAGCUUUUGUAAUAGCCACGGUGGUCAGUGAAUUUACACUGAGAACAUAUUUGUCUUCAAUUUAAUGGUUGAUCUUCAUUUUUUUUUUUUUUUUUUUUUCUGAAAGCAAAUGUGCUGUAAGUUCUUUCUAGUGAUGUGAAAGAUGCAUUGUAUAAACAUCCUCAGCCAAAAGGCUUUCGAGCCACGUUGUUGAGCAGCUGCCCUGAUACUUAGGUCAUUGUUUCCCAACCAGGGUGCCUCCAGCUGUUGCAAAACUACAACUCCCAGCAUGCCCGGACAGCCUUCGGCUGUCCGGGCAUGCUGGGAGUUGUAGCUUUGCAACAGCUGGAGGCGCCCUGGUUGGGAAGCGCUGGCUUAGGCAAUGCUAAAAUUCCAUAGUGGAAGAGCUCCUUUUUGGUGUAAGGCUAUGUUUCCACUUAUUUUUUUUUUUUUGGCUGUUUUUGAGCCUUAUUUUUACGUUCCGACAGCUAAUUUGCAAAUGAGAUGUUAUCCCGGGCCAUAGUGCGUGCCAAAGUAUGGAUGUAUUUUGGCAGGUAAAUUGCCCAAAACAAGUUUCCUGCACUUAAAUUUAUGUCUAUAACAAUUAUAGAUGUAAAAUUUAUAUUGAGUGAGAAGUAAAAAUUACCCUCUUUGGGUUUUUGGGGGGUUUAUGGCUCUAAAAAAAAAAAAAAAAUAAAAUAAAA